AUGUCUACGGAAGAGGCCAAGGUCAAGCUCUACUGGCUCGACCAGUCGCGCUCCCAGCGCAUCCUCUGGCUCCUCGAGGAGCUCAAGGUCAACUACGAGGUGGAAAUCUUCCACCGUAACAAGCAGACGUUCCUGGCGCCUCCAGAGCUCGAAAAGGUGCACCCUCUCGGCAAGUCACCUGUCAUCGCCAUUACACCUCCCGGCGCCGAUGCCAAGCCCAUUGUCCUCGCCGAGAGCGGGUGGAUGACGGAAUACCUCUGCACACACUACCCAGAGGGCGAGCGCCUCGUUCCCAAGCGCUGGCGGGAGGGCAAGGAAAACACCAUUGGCGGCGAGACAGAGGCCUACCUUCGCCACCAGUAUUACCUGCACUAUGCCGAGGGCACCUUGAUGCCCUACCUGGUCAUGGCGCUUGUCAUUGGCCGCCUCAAGGGCAACGACAUCCCUUUCUUCGUUCGACCCAUCACCUCCAUGGUAGCCAACAGGAUCAUCUCCUUGUUCAUCGCCCCCAACAUCAAGAAGAAUCUCGGCAUGCUCAAUGAUCAGCUUUCCACUUCGGGCGGCAAGUUCCUCUGCAACGACCAGCUGACCGCCGCUGAUAUCCUGAUGAGUUUCCCUCUCGUCGCGGGCAAGGCUCGCUUCAAGGAUGUCGUGCCGGACUGGGAGCAGGCAUACCCACGUGUUGCCGAGUAUGUCCAGACUCUAGAGAACAGCCCGGGCUACAAGAAGAGUGUUGCCAAGGUGGAAGAGUUGGACGGCAAGUUCUCGGCUUCGCUUUAG